GUCAGAGGUGCUACUAAGGAACAGCCUGUGACGGCAAAGCAGUGCGGCGGACGAUGGAAGUCCUAAAAGGAAGCGCAGGCAGGGACCAAAGCCUUCAGCGGCUUCUCGCUGCCCGUGAGCGUGUGGGGGGCCGCUGGGAUCUGUAAUGGUGUGAAAAGGGAUGGCAGAAACUUGUUGCUUUGCUACUUCCUUUUUUUUUUUUCUUUCUUUUUUUUUCCCCUGUCCUUACCUGUUCUAGUAUGCAAGGACCUUGCUUCCCAAGACUUCACUUGAAUUAAAUCACCUGUAUGUAGCUUGUCAGCUCGAGUCUAGCUCCUGUGCUUGUGACUGACUGCUUGGACGCUUGUGACUGGCGGAGUACACGAGGGACUUUUUUCUUCCUUUCCUUAAAAGUUCUGUUAACGUGGUGUUUCUAAAACCUGAAGAGAGACUCUUUGUCUUCGCAGCCACCAUGUCAUCCGGUCAGGAAUCCGUUUUUCCCGAGUAUGAGACUGACACCAGCCAGACAUCGAAGCUGUUAAGAAAAUUUAAGGAGACGCCGUUUGUACCCAUCGGGAUGGCUGGCUUCGCCAUGGUGGUUGGCUACGGGCUGUACAGACUGAAGCACAGAGGUGACAUGAAAAUGUCGCUUCACCUGAUUCACAUGCGCGUAGCAGCCCAGGGCUUCGUCGUGGGAGCGAUAACGUGUGGUGUGCUGUAUUCAAUGUUUCGGGAGUACGUGAUGAAGCCCAAGGAGUAAUGGGAAGAUGACUGAAAUCUCUGUCCUGGUGGUGGCCUGUGUACUGCAGCUACAAACCUCAUAUCGAGGGGUUCUUGAGGAAAAAAAUAAUACGUGGUAUUAGAGAAUUGCCCUACAUCUAUUUUGUGUAUAGUACACUGUCUCGAAGCUGGCAGCCUAAAUGAUUGCGUGCUGGGGGAGUGGGUAUCAGGGUCUGGUUCUUUCUGAUUGACGCUAUCAUAUCCCAGUUUUUAGGGGAUACAGUACAGUCCCUUUAUCUUCCCCUCAACUGUCAACUCAGUCCUAAAAUUGGUGACUUCUUUUUCCUGCCGUUGCCCAAAAUGACGAAGUCUGAACUAGUUUCUGUAAGGCCUCAGGCAGAACGUGGAGGCCACGUCUUAAGGUAGUGUCGUGAAUGCUUUGCUGUCAUUUUCUAUCCUGUAUAUUUGUCAGCCUCCAGCUUUGUAAUUCAGAAGCUUCCAGUAGCACUAAAUGACUUCUAAAAUAUUGAGAGAGAUAUAAACAUCUAUUUUUUUUAUUUAAGGCAUGAGAUAAGUAUUUGGUAUGUUGCAGCUAUUUAAAUGUUCUAUUUAUUCAUUUUUAAUCAAGACACAGGCUCCCUAUUUUUACUAUAGAUUUUCAGACUCUUGGAUUACUAUAUUUUGUAACUUAUUUACAGUGUUCUUCUGAAUAACAUUUAAAUGUAACAUUUAAAAUACAUAUUGUGAAAACUAAACCUUGAUUUGGUGUUCUAAUGCUUUUAAUUAAAGUAUAUGAUUUAGCUCCGAUUUCUGCAGUAUCAUUCCCUAUAGAAAUUUUAAAACAUUUAAAUCUGAGAAGCCCCCAUCAUCCUCGAUGAGGUGUUAAAACCCUUCUCUGUGAAUUGCCAAUGCUGUUUUACACUCGAACCCCUUGUAUCUCCAACAGCAGUCACAAAAAUAAAUGUGUUGAUAAAGCCAA